AUGAUAAUCUUCAGAUGGAAAGUGAAAAUAUUUUACAUAAAAAACAUUAUUUCAAAAUUCAAACAAUUCUUAUGGAAUGAAAAUGGAGAUCUACCAGCUGAAAAUAAGAAAUCUGGGAAUAAAAACAGAUCCACUUCAAUACGGUCAUUUAAGUUCAUUAUUAAUGAAAAAGAGAAGUGUAAAGAUAAAACACCUUUCUUGAUACUGCUAAUAGCAACUAGAGCUGCUGAAAUUCAGCACAGAAGUUCCAUCAGAAAAACUUGGGGAAAUAAUCCAGGAGUUGAGGUUGUUCAGUUGUUUAUGCUGGGCAUUGAGAGCAAGGGUCCAAAUGAGGUCCUACUGAGAGAAAGCGAGCAAUAUCAUGGUAUUAUUCAACAGGACUUCCCGGACACUUAUCAUAACUUAACUCUUAAAACUUUGAUGGGCAUGAAGUGGGUUGCCUCUUAUUGCAGUGGUGCAAGCUUUGUUAUGAAGGCAGACAGUGAUGGUUUUGUUAAUACAAUGUACCUACUACAAAAGCUCCUCAGGCCUCUUUCACCUCCUCCACAAAAUUAUUUCACAGGCUGUUUUAUGAAAGGGCAUAAGCCUAUUUGGAAUAAAAAAAGUAAAUGGUACAUAUCUGAAGAAGAAUAGCCAGGUGACAAACACCCGCCUUUUUGUUCAGGAACUGGCUAUGUCUUUUCUGGAGAGCUGGCUUCAAAAAUUGUAACGAUAAAAUAUAUUCAUUUGGAAGAUGUUUAUGUUGGGCUCUGUCUUAAUGCAAAGGGAAUACAGAUAGUACCUCCACCUAGUCAUUCAUUGUUUAACAUAUACAAUGUCCUAUUUUCUCCUUGUCUAUACAAUAAUAUAAUUACAUCUCAUCACAUUUGGACAAAUAAGCAUAUAUUCUACUGGGAAACACUGCAAAAGAAGAACCAUACAUGUCAGACAGAACAGAAAGGCCCAUAG